AACCGCUGAGACUGAGCUCACGCUGCCACGGGAGCCCGCGCAAUGGGCUGCUCACAGAGCCGCAGGAAGGAUGGACCCCAAACCGCCAUCUCCCAGGCGGCCACGUCGACAGUUUCGGUUGACGAGUGCUUUCCCUCCCACCUGUGCCUGUCGGUGUCUGAGGACAUCCCUGACGCCAUCGACAUCUGCGCCCACCUCACGCACAAGCCGCUCUUCACCGUACACGGCUGCAAGCACGGCAAGAUGUCGGCCAGCAGGAAGGCGCGGUGGCACGUCAAGAAGGGCAGGGGCAUCCUCACACACGCCAAGGCUCGAGUGGCGCCGGGAGGGAGCGUGGAGUUUGUGGAUUUGUGGGAGGAGGAGUGCAAGGGCACCAAAUGGGGUCAGGACCUGCCCAUCACCAAGGAGGAGAGGGAGGCCGAAGCUAACGAAGCCGUCCUCGGGUGGACUGCAGACUUCAGGUCAGUCCAGCACCAGACAGACAGACAGACAGACAGACAGACAGAGAUUCAUCAUCCACUGUGACGCCAUCCAUCCAUUCAUUCAUUGCGGGUUUCUUCCUUCACACAUACAAACAGCUGUUGUAUCGAGGACGUCGGUCGCUCCAUCAUGGCUGUCCCGUCGCCGUCAACGCCCCAGAAGGCCCCCGUCACGCCCCACUCGGACAUCAGUGGCGUCACGCCGUCCUCUUCACCCCCUCCCUCCCCCACCCACCCCCCCAGCAGCGUCGCCACCGUGUCCAUAGUCGUCAAGGGUAUCGCACGGCUGCGCAACGGCAAGGGGCAGAACAAGACCGAGGAGGAGGUGGCGGGCUGGGCCAUCGAGUGGGUCAAGCCAAAACGGGCCUUCUACAAACUCAUCUACCGGGGGAAACCGAUGCCUGUGGUGAGCACAUUGACGUCACCCGUCCAGCCAGCCAGCCAGAGAAUUCACACGUUUGUUUCCGUCUGUUAACGGCUGUGUGCAGUACUUCCGUGUGGGUGAGGCUCGUGACAUCGUGAAGCGGUGGCGGUGCGAUGAUGUGGUGGAGGUGGUCAUCCGCAAGUCGAGGUUCUUCGGCUGCGAGAAGGAGGUAAUCCUCGCAAAACCCGACACCUGCGGGCGCUCUGAGGACUGCGAAAGGGACGGCAUCUGGAAGACACUCGUGGCUAACGUGCUCGUGGAGUACCAGGGCCAGCACCUGGUGGGCGAGCUGGUGCGGCCGUCGCUGCGUCGCUGGUGCGUGUCCCACUCCGCAGUUGCCUACUUCCUCUCUCGCAAGGCCAACUGGGACCUGUCGUCCACCAGCAGAGGCAGCGCAUCCACCAUUGCCACUCCGCCAGGUGGGCAGGCACUGACAGACAGACGCACCAUAGCACAACCAACCGACAUCGCUGCGCGUGUGUGUGUGUUUCAAGGCAAUGCUAUGCCGCUGAUGCCCCAUCCCCCCACGCCCACAACGGUCUGUCUGAGCAGCCCCCUCAGCCACCGCACCCUCGCCCUUCGCCGAGGCAUCAGCACCCAGUCCACUGUCGUCUCCUCCGUGCACCACCCGCCACACCGCUCUCUCACCAGAACCAACACCAUGUCGUCGGCCACAUCGUCCGGCCCCCCGGCCCCACAAAACAAUAAUGAGGGCGACGCUGGCGUCCCGCACAUCGACACGGCCGCCACGGAGGUGCGGCCGUCGGACAGCAAGGGCUCGGUCCACUUCAGAGCCCAGAAUAGCCUCAUUCCGACCAACAGUGAGGACGAGGCGGCCAAGAGUGAGCCUGACGAGCAUGACGAGACCCACGGGCUGAUGGCCAGGGCCCCCAAGGCCAGCUCCAGUCUACUUCAACGACGGCAGACGGGCGGCCGGGCGCUUCAACGACGACAGACGGGCGGCCGGGAGUUGGGACGAGCUGUGGCGCCCCGAUCCAACGUCAAGGAGGUGCCGGGUGUGCUCACCCAGCCGGCGUCGCCAGCGUGCCGUGGCAGCAGCCCCAGUAGCGGGGAUGGGGCCUCCCGGCCGGCCACCGCGCUGCUUCCCCGGGCGUAUUCGAUGUGUCAGUCGCCUCCCCCGCCCCCCCGCAACGUCAUCCUGCACGCUCGCGGCCUCAACCUGUUUGGCCGUAUCAUGGAGGAAGAGGAACAGGAGCAUGAGCAGGAGGAGAGGGGGGACGAGGCGUCCAGCCAGGCGUCGCCCCAGCCCAGCUCGCAGCCGGCAUCGCCCGAGCCCUGCGGGUCACGCCCUAUAGAGCCGAUCAUCACACGGAUUGGUUCGGGCAACAUAGCCAUUGGCCCUGCCCGGCAUCUGGUGCUGCCGGGAAUUGUCAAAAGGGCGAGGGUGUGAAGGAGUCAAUGAAUGACCAGCGAACUAGGCUGCCUCGUGUCUUGUUUUGUACCCUGUCGUGUUUGUCAUUGUGUGAGUGCAUUCACCAUGUGUGUGUGGGUGGGGGUGUGAUGUGCGUGUGGGGUGCAACACGCACAAGCUGUGGAGAGUGUCGCUGCGUGUCUACGGUGGCCAAUUUCCUUUAUGAUGAUGAUGACAUGACCGUUUUUUGGCUCUCAGUGCGUUUUUCCCUCGAGCCCGUGUCGAUCGAUCGAUUGGUCCCCUCUCAGACGCCCAGACGGAUGGGUGGUCGACUCGACUAGUAGGGUGGGAUGCUGGCUAAUAUAUGGGGGGAGGGAUGGAGGGGAUUGGGGGAGGGAGGGGGUUGGGGGAGGGGGGCUUGCAGUGUGUGGUUGUCUCGCUAAGAGGGUCCGUCCGUCCGUCAGUCAGUCAGUCACCGACAUGCUUGGGCGGGGCGUCGAGUGCUCAAGCCUCUGUUGCUAUUUGUAGAGGCCCUCUUGUCCAUGGAUUGAUGGAUGGAUGGAUGGAUGCGUCUGUCUUUCUUUUUGGAUGAAGUCUUGGCUACUGCCCGCACGUCGACUCAUCGUCUCGCCUUCUCUGCCUCUGUCGUGCUCCCUUCUCUGCCUCUGUGUCGUGCUCUCUUUCUCUUUCUCUCUCUGAAAGGGCGGCGCAAGUGGCGGGGAGGUUUUCAAGCAGCACGUGGCUAUGUGGAUAGCGGAAAACUAUGCGGGAUCCAUCCGCCAUUUUUCCGCUCCUGUCUCACAUGCCUUCUGGCCUCCCUCCCUGCCAUGCAUGUGUCACGUGUGUGUCGGUGGGUGUAUCUAUUGGUCGAGGGAUUGUGUGCGCGCGUGUGUGUGUGUGUGUGUGUGUGUGCAGCGGGGGAGAGAGGAAGAGAGGCAGUCGAGCUUGUAUGUGCUGCAUGUCUGUCUGUCUCUGUGCACGCGUGUGUGUAUUUUUGCUGAAGCGAGCACUGGCCGUCGAGGUCCGACCGAAAAGGCCGACAGCCCAUGUCAUGUCAUGCGCAUGUGUGUGUGAAUACAAUACAACAUACAUACAUGGUAUGAGUUUGCCCGGUGGUGUGAUGGCCCGAGAGAGUGCUCGCGUUUUCUAGUGCGUGUCCGUCCCACUCACUGUGUGUGCACACCGAUGACAAUUGUCGGACUACUUGUACAACCCAAUAAAUAA